AUGACUGGACAAGUGAGGGUUUACAUAAUAGUUAACAACACUUUUAAGUUGUUAGAAACUGAUGAGGAAGUGAUGGAAUUUUGUGAAGCAUCAUUGGGUAUGAGGCAAGUUGUUUUUCAUGUUCAAGAAAAAUAUGGGGAGAAUCAUAAUGUUCCCUUGGUUAACAGUAGUCACGGUAGUGGUGAAGAUGAUUAUGAUGAGAUAUGUGAUUCUGAUUAUAGCAUGGGUGAAGAUUCUGAUAAUGAUGACACAUUGUAUGGUACAUAUGUGUCAAAGGAUGUACAUGACAUUAUAAUACCAGAUUCACAAGGUGAGGAGAGUGAAGAAGAUGAUGAUGUUGUGCAUGUAGAUAUGUAUGACUUUGAUGAACACAAAGAUUCUGAUGGUGAACAAAAAGAUGUUAAAAGCUUUCCUGUAUUCAAUCCAGAAGUUACCUUUGAACCAGAAUUUGAACUUGGGAUGUUGUUUAGUUCAAAGGAUGAAUUUAGGGAUGCAGUCCAAUCUUAUGCCAUUAGAAGUAGGAGAACUAUCAAGUGUACAAAAACUGCUCCAACUAGGUGUUAUGUAAAAUGUGAUAAUGUUGAUUGUAAGUGGAGAAUAAGUUUGCUAAAGCAAGAAGACGAGGAGAGUUGGCAGAUUAGGAGAUUCCACAGAACUCAUGACUGUGAUGAUUCAUUUCAUGUUAGAAAUAUGAAAUCUAAGUGGUUAUGUAAGAAAUUCAUAAAGAGGUUUGCUUCAGAUCGCAAUAGAAAGUUAAAAGUCUUUAGGCAAGAUGCAAUAGAUGAUCUUAAUGUAGACAUAUCCAGAGACCAAGCUUACAGAGCUAAAAAGCUAGCUUUGAAGAUGCUAGAGGGAGAUCCUGCUGCACAAUUUGGGAAACUAUGGGACUAUGCUGAGGAAAUAAGACGGACUAAUCCCGGAAGUACUGUCAUUAUAGGAUCUGUUGAAGAUGAAAAUGGGCAGUCAAGGUUUGAAAGAUGUUAUAUUUGUCUUGAUGCUGUGAAGAAGGGAUUCAAGAAUGGGUGUAGGCCUAUCAUUGGGAUUGAUGGUUGUCAUUUAAAGGGUCCAGUGCCGGGAAUUAUGCUCACAGCCGUUGGGGUAGACAGAAAUAAUAAUAUUUACCCUCUUGCAUGGGCUGUAGUGAAUCGAGAGUCAAGGGAGCUUUGGGAGUGGUUUUUGGUGGUUCUCAAACAAGAUUUAGAGCUUCAUGUAGAUCGUGAUUACACAUUCAUGUCUGACAAGCAGAAGGGGCUUAUACAAGCAAUGGCUGCAAUCUUUCCAAACUCUGAACAUAGAUUUUGUGUAAGGCAUCUUCACGGCAAUUUUCAGCUGGCAGGAUUCAGAGGACUGAGAUUCAAAACUGCUCUUAUGAAAGCAGCACACGCUUCUACAGUACAAGAGUGGAAGGCUAGGAUGUCGGAGUUAAAACACUUAAAUGAGGCGGCAUGGGCUUGGUUGAAUGCAAAGCCUCCACAUCAAUGGAGUAAGUCUCAUUUCUGUGAGGACUCCAAAUGUGACAUGUUGUUGAACAAUGUCUGUGAGGUGUUCUACUCUACUAUCUUGGAGGCAAGAGAGAUGCCCAUUAUCACUAUGCUAGAAUGGAUUAGGUCUUGGAUCAUGGUGAGAUUUCAGAGACACAGAGAUUUGGCGACCCAUAAGUGGAAGGGUAAAUUAUGCCCUAGAAUAAAAAAAAAAUCCUUGAAAAACAUGCUUCCAAAGCUGGUGAGUGCAUUCCAAUCAAGGGAGAUAAUAGUAAUUAUGAGAUCAGAUGCCAUGAUGGGGGGGCAGUUUGUGGUGGAGUUAGAUGACUGGACAUGUAGCUGUAGAAAUUGGCAGCUAAGUGGCAUACCAUGCAGUCAUGCUAUAUGUGCAAUCAACCAUCAGAAGAAAAAAAAAGAGGAUUAUGUUCAUGACUGCUACACAGUGCACACUUUCAUGAAGACAUAUUCUGAGACAAUAAAGGGAAUAAAUGGUCAGCAACUAUGGGGAGAAACUAUGUAUAUUCCACCAUUGCCUCCUCAUAUGGACAAAGGGAAAGGAAACAAAGCCAGAAGAAAGGGACCAGAUGAGAAAGAAGAUGAGAAAUUGAAGAAGCACACAAAGCUCAAAAGAAAGCAAACAACUGUGAGGUGCAAUGUAUGUGGAUUUGAAGGCCACAAUUGUAGGACAUGUGAUAAGAACAAGGUACCUGAUGGUGAUAUCCCUGAAGAGCAAUCAGUCCAUGCUUCAAUGCUCCCACCUAUCAGUAGUCAACAUCCUAAUGUUCAAUCAAGGCCCGGUCCAUCUAUGUACGAACAACUCAAUCAUAACAAGUUCAAGAGACAAGGUGAACAAAUUGUGGCCAGUGAGAAGAAAUUUGUGCGCCUUGCUGAUCUCAAUUCCAAGAGGUCCAACAAGAUGUGCUGA